CCAAACGUCGGUGCGAGAAGUGGCUACUACCACCGGCGGGCACAGCGAUUCUACUCGCUGUGUCGCCAGCGCCCACACCUCUGCUGUGGAGGGAGCGGUUCACAGCGGUUGUAGUGCUACCGCUAAACUGACGCUACAGCGCAUGGGUGCCACAGUCCACGAAGACUAGGACCUCGAAAGCGUUACCACCCAAGAGGAAGAAGCCUUGCUAUGCUCUCCGGGGGAUGCCAAAGGUGCUUGUUCGGCAUCAAAGAAAAGGCCUAGGGUAAAACCCAGUAAGGAGGGAUUGAAUUCUAAAGCCAUAUACAAGGCGGCGGUCAAAGUCCACGAGAGACUUAGCUGCAAGUCCAACCGGACGAAGGAAGAGGAGGAAAGGUUGGCUUGGGAUAAGGGGAAAAUGGAGGAAGGCCGGGCGUACUACGCGGCAAGGCCACGAUUCAAUGCCACGGACCCGGGAUUCGUAAACCGGAUCGAGGAAGCAAUCGCGGCUAAAAGGCAGCGGUCUGCUGAAAGCGAGACAGCAAGGCCGGCCAAGAGAUCUAAGCGCAGAGACGACGCUGCAAAGCCAAACGUCAGGCUCGAUCAAGAGAAAGCGACAACACCGAGAGCGGCGGUAACGGCCAGUGAGAUAGCCAGGAGACAUCUAAUCGUGGCACUCAUAGACCGUAGCAAUCCGCUGGGACAAAUGUCUCAGGAGCGCUGGGGAGCAGUGGAGUUAAAGCUGCUGGAUGCGCUCGUCGAAAAAAUGGAUGGGGACCCUAACACGACCAUGCCAACUUUCGAUGGUGCCAGGUGGCUAAACGGGGUAAAAAUAUUAAAGUGCAAGGACGAUCCAACUCUACUAUGGGUAAAGGAAGCUGUCGCGACGCUUCAAGGCCUGUGGGAGAGCGCCGUCUUGGAGGCUGUGGACCGCAGCUGCAUACCGUCCAUACCAGAAGCGAAGGUGCUCAUACCCCGCACGGUAAAAUCGGAGAAUGCGCUGCGGCUUCUGCAGAGACAGGACGGGAGAUUGGAGGGUGUUAAAGGUCAACAACUCCGGAAAGGAGGAUAGCAGCCAAAACUACAUCUUCCAAAUAAAUAAGCCGGCCGAAGACAUAUUGUACGCUAGGUUCGGGAAGAUGGCGUGGGGCGUAGGUAGCGUAUACCUUCGCCUGAAGAAGCGAAACCUGGCCGAUAAGAAUGAGAACACGUUGGAGGAGCGAGAGGUUGAGAAGGAUCUGGGAGAGAUCCUGGAGGCCACCUUGAAGCUCCAGGAUACCGAGAAGGGUGAACCGGAGACUCUACCCGACCCCGAGAAGAAUCCUGAUCCUUGCAGUAAAGGUUCUUCAGAUAAACUUGCACAAAAGCAAGGUCGCCUCUGCCGAGCUCCUCCUCAAUUUAGAGAGGAUCGGCUACGAUGCGGCGUUAGUCCAGGAGCCAUGGAUAGCAUCGGGAAACGUGGUAUCUGGACUAAAGUCGCAAACAUACUACACGCACAUCCCGAGUGCAACAAAUAGGACGACCUGACGGAGGUAGCUGUGAAGGAUGGCAAGGAUGACACAAUACUCCUUGCAUCUUGUUACAUGCCUCACGAUGAGGAGGCGCCACCAAGCGGACUCCGGAGGUUGGUGGCAGAGGCCGAGAAGGUGAAACGUCCACUCGUCAUAGGCGCGGAUACCAAUGCGCACAAUACGGUUUUGGGGA